GCUGUGCUCCUCCUCCAGCGGGACGCGCGCAGGAUCCGGCACAAAGUCCGAGUCACUGCACACAUGAGCGGCGUCACGAGCCACCAGCGCGCGCGCGGCGGACACCACCUGGAAACCGUCCAAGAAAACUGAGAGAAACGCGGAGUUUAUCGAGAAGAAACUAUCAUAUUAAAUCUUUACAAGCAGGGCGGUGAUCCAAGGCAGGUGUCGCCGUCAUCUGCUAACAAUUUGGGCGCUCUUGUACGAGCCCGAAGAACCCAAAUCUCUCUUGAGUAACUGCUGCAACAGCGCUGUAUUCAUGCUUCGUUUACAGACUCAAACUACAAGAGGAAAUUGCGCCGUAAGUUUGCACAGCGCCUGCUUUGAAGUAGGUUGUAGUUGUAAUUCGUUUUAUAGGAACCACGUGAGUGGGAUGAAACGGGCAUUAAGUGGGCGCACCCGCGGGAUAUGAUACCGGACACACUCUCAAACUUCAGCCAGAGCGCCGGACCUCUUUGACGACUUCUGUGGUACGAGUCAAAUCUCACCGAAUGACUGUUGCACAGAAGAGCCGUGCGCGCGUCUGCAGAAAGGACACGCCAUGCCAUUGGUUUUAAACUGAGCGCAUUGGACUUGUUGGUGCUUUUGGUUAUAGUUUGAUUGAACUCUCCGCGGUUGGACUUUGAAGAGACUCCAGCAUCACUGAUCCCGGUGGGAAUGAUGGCUGUGUUGUGGGAUGACCCGUUCACGUUGCUGUGGAGACGGACUCUUGUGUUUUCUCUUCUGCUGCUCUUGAUGGGUGCGCGCACCUUUGGGGACGAAACCUUUAGUGGAGAGUCAUGGCUGCGGAUGUACGGCUACCUCCCGCAGGCCAGCAGGCAGAUGUCCACCAUGCGCUCAGCUCAAAUCCUGUCCAACGCCAUCAGUGACAUGCAGCGCUUCUACGGGCUGGAGAUCACCGGAGAGAUGGACCCCGGCACCAUCGAGGCCAUGAAGAGACCUCGCUGUGGGGUCCCAGACAAGUUUGGGGCUCAAAUCAAGACCAAUGUACGACGGAAACGUUAUGCCCUCACUGGCCACAAGUGGGACAAAACUCACAUAACCUUCAGUAUCCAGAACUACACUCCUAAAAUCGGGGAGUACAACUCGUAUGAGGCCAUCCGAAGGGCUUUCAGAGUGUGGGAGAAAGUGACGCCGCUCACAUUUGAUGAGAUUCCUUUUCAUGAGGUCAAAUAUGGUCGACGGAAGGAGCCAGAUAUCAUGAUCUUCUUUGCGUCUGGUUUUCACGGGGACAGCUCACCGUUUGAUGGAGAAGGUGGUUUUCUGGCACAUGCUUACUUCCCUGGUCCAGGGAUGGGUGGAGAUACUCACUUUGACUCGGACGAACCGUGGACCAUUGGAUCACAAAACCUACAAGGUAAUGAUCUGUUCCUGGUAGCCGUUCAUGAGCUGGGCCAUGCCCUUGGACUGGAACACUCCAAUAAUCCUUUGGCUAUCAUGGCGCCUUUCUACCAGUGGAUGGACACGGAAAACUUUGAGCUGCCUGAAGAUGAUCUCCGCGGAGUCCAGCAGAUUUACGGACCCCCGAGCAGCUCUCCGACCCAGGCUCUGCCCACUGUGACCCCGCGACGUCCGGCUCAUCCAGACCCCAGAGCUCCUAAUCCUCCUAAAAGUCCUCCAGGAGCACCUCCUCGCCGGCCGGACAAGCCUCGCACCACUGACCGCCCGGAUCACUACGGCCCCAACAUCUGUGAGGGCAAUUUCGACACUGUCACCAUGCUCAGGGGAGAGAUGUUUGUUUUUAAGGGUCGCUGGUUCUGGAGAGUGCGGAGGAACAGAGUGCUGGAUAAUUACCCCAUGCCUAUCGGACACUUCUGGAGGGGUCUGCCAGGAGACAUCGACGCCGCAUAUGAGAGGCAUGAUGGGCGAUUUGUGUUUUUCAAAGGAAGUCAGUACUGGUUGUUCAGGGAAGCCAACCUGGAGUCCGGUUACCCUCAAGAGCUGAUGGACUAUGGCAGAGACAUCCCGUAUGACAAAAUAGAUACAGCCAUCUGGUGGGAGCCUUCUGGCUUCACUUACUUCUUCAAAGGAGACUGGUACUGGCGCUUUAAUGAGCAGGACAGAGCCGCAGAUCAGGACUACCCUAAACCAAUUAGUGUGUGGGGCACUUCUGUGCCGUCGUCUCCCAAAGGGGCUUUUCUCAGCGAUGAUGGAGCCUACACAUACUUCUACAAGGGUGCAAAAUACUGGAAAUUUGACAAUCACAGAAUGACAAGCGAGCCGGGCUACCCAAAAUCCAUUCUUAGAGACUUCAUGGGCUGUAAUGUGGACCUCGAUCCUGACAGAGACACUGAUGUGGACCAGGGACGCAAGUGGCCCGAUCGGCCACCCUUCAAUCCAGACGCUGGCCGAGACAAAGACAAGGACAAAGACAAGGACAAAGAGAGAGACAACACCAAUGACGCUGACUCUAAAGAAGAAACGGAGGAGAAAACCAAUGAGGUGGAUGUGGUUCUGAAGAUAGAUGAGACGGAGCGCACUAUGAACAUCAUCAUGGUGACGGUACCCCUGGUCCUGGUGCUGUGCAUCUUGGGAUUGAUCUACGCUAUCAUUAACACGCUACAGAGGAAAGGAGCGCCCAAGUAUUUAGUUUACUGCAGACGAUCAUUCCAGGACUGGGUUUAACCUCUGGGAAUGACCUGGGAUCCUGGUUCUGCCUUUUUAAUUCAAUCAUCUAAAAACUUUGCACACACAAAAUACAUACACACAUAUACAUAUACUGAUACACACUCACAUGUUCAUGUUCACCCUUCUUUUCCUUUCCCAUGGUGCUCUCCUAACAUCUUGACUAGUCUAUUUAUAUUAGAAAGUUUGCACAUUGAUUUUGUUUUUAUUUUACUUUUUUAAUAUAUUUUUUUGAAUUUUUCAA